AUGAGGGAAUGUCUUGGUGAGGCCCAUGAGCCAUGUGACUGUCAGAUGUGGAGGAACUGGCUCCAGAAGGUCACAGAGAUGAGGCCUGAGGAGUUGGCAGGUGUGAGUGAGGCUUUUGAGGAUGCUGCUAACUGCCUGUGGCUGUUGACCAACUCAAAACCCUGUGCCAACUGCAAGUCUCCCAUUCAGAAGAAUGAGGGCUGCAACCAUAUGCAGUGUGCCAAGUGUAAGUAUGACUUCUGCUGGAUAUGUCUGGAGGAGUGGAAGAAGCACAGCUCGUCGACCGGAGGCUAUUAUCGCUGCACCCGCUAUGAGGUCAUCCAGCAGAUCGAGGAGCAGUCCAAGGAGAUGACUGUGGAGGCAGAAAAGAAGCACAAAAGUUUUCAGGAGCUGGAUCGUUUCAUGCACUAUUAUACUCGCUUCAAGAACCAUGAACACAGUUAUAAGUUGGAGCAGAAACUACUCAAAACAGCGAAGGAGAAGAUGGAGCAGCUGAGCAGAGCCUUCAUCUGCCGUGAAGGCACUCCUCCGGACACACGGUUCAUUGAGGACGGUGUGUGUGAGCUGCUGAAGACACGGCGGGUCCUGAAGUGCUCUUACCCUUAUGGCUUCUUCCUGCAGCCAGGCAGCACCCAGAAAGAGAUAUUUGAGCUCAUGCAGACGGACCUGGAGAUGGUUGUGGAGGAUCUGGCUCAGAAGGUGAACCGGCCGUACCUGAGGACUCCCUGCCACAAGAUCAUCAGCGCGGCCCGUCUGGUGCAGCAGAAGAGGCAGGAGUUCCUGGCGUCAGUGGCCCGAGGCGUCGCCCCCAACGAUUCUCCGGACCCUCCCCGCAGGAAUUACCCUGGAGGAUCAUGGGAUUGGGAGUAUCUCGGCUUUGCUUCACCUGAGAUGGGGAGUCGUCACUCUGUACUGGGAGCGGGAGAUCAGAGAGAGAGACAGUCACAGGAUUACGCUGACAUCCAGUACCGACGCCGACACCGACCGCGGCGCAGAGGAGACAUGCUGAGUCUGCACAACCUGAGGAGCAGCAGCAACACGCCGGAGACGAGCCGGAGGAGCGACAGCACAGAAGGUCCAGAGAGGAGUGAGGGCCGCCGGAGAGCGCUGGGCUCGCUGGAUGAAGACGAUCCGAACAUCCUGCUCGCCAUCCAGCUGUCCCUGCAGGAGUCCCGCAGAGAGAGAGGCCUGGAGGGAGGCAUGGAGGGGAGGGUGGAGCUGGGGAGGGUGGAGCUGGAGAGGAGGCCGGGUACCUCAGGAGACUUGGGGGACAUUUCUUUGCACUCCCUCAACACGGACGGUCCUCCAGGAGCCAGAGGCUUCCCCAUGUCGCUCCUUGACCCCCCUCGACCCCCUAACAGGACAGACUCCACCUCCCAGCCUCCCGCGUCCAACUCCCUCCCCCUCCCGCCCCCACCUCCCUGCCUCAGUGCAGAGCUGCUGGAGCUGGGAGACAGCCUUAUGAAACUGGGGAACAUAACCACUCCGUAUGACCUCGACACACACACUCAGGAGCAGCUGUGCUCUCUCCACACAUACACCCACAUCGCUGUUCCCUACAGCGACCCUGCGUACAGCGACUGCAGCCACAGAGCGGAGCUGCCCGCUGCGUACCGGCUCGACCACAUCACCAUCUCAGACCCCGCCUACUGCCACACCAGUGCUUAUUUAUCCGAGGCUGAACACGCGGCCUCCUGCUCACAUGAACGCUCACAUGAACGCUCACAUGAACGUACCCAAAACCCCUCCCGUCCUAGCUCCUGUAGCCGGGAACACGCAGCCUUGUACGACAGCGCCCCAGCACCAGACAGCUCUUACGCCCCGGGCCCUGAACACAGCAGCUCUUACUCUCAGGAGCGUCCCACCACCUACGCUCUUGAACGCCCCAAAUCAGACCCAGUGCCGCCCGCCCUGUUGUGCCUCCCGUCUCCAGAGCUCGAGCCGGAGCUGAUGUUCUCCCCGGUGAUCCCUCCGGGGGGGGCGUUCACCCCCAGCGACCCGCAGAGUCUGGAGCCGCUGGACCCCACAGCCAGCGCCCAGCUGCUGGACAACAUCAUGGCCUGGUUCAACAACAACAUAAACCCCCAGAACAACCCGCAGAGCCUCGCCCUCAUCCCCUCCCCGCCCACCACAGAGACAGACUCCUCCCCCGACACACACACUGAGACUGAGUCAGAGGCCUCCAGGGACCCCGCCCCUGUCUGGCUGCCCCUGGAGGGCGGGCCAGUGGACGGGGCGGGGGGGAGUCCUCGUCUGGGUGCUGCGGGGGCGGAGGUCCCGACGACGUUGAGGCCCAGCACUCUGGAGCUCGACAGCAGAGCGACUGGAGAGCAGGGGGUGGACGCAGGGUGUGUGGCUGACCUGUCGCUGGACGAAGCGCACACACACCCGUGCUCACACUCCCAACGUGGAGACAGUCCCACACACACGACCCCGGACACAGAGAGAGACUUAGACCUCGUCCUUCAGUUAGAGGGGGAGCAGUCGCCUGAGGAGUGGGAGGAACAAGUGCACCUAGUGUGACAGAACAAUGUGGAGAGAGAAGGUUAAGACAGGGAGAGGUGGAAGAAAGUCAAAGACUGCGGAAAACAGGGGAAAUAAUGGCGAUGCCUCGAUGAAAGAUGUUCUUAGGAGUGUUUACUGUGUGUAUUAUACUGUAUCUAGAGAGGACACAAAACCCUGCAGACUUUCUUCAGUUACGAUGAUGUCAUAUGCAGUUUGAUUUCACUUUUUUUAUUUUUAAAGUGCUUUUGUCUGCUCUAAAACAGACAAACUAUUAGUGUUGAAUUGCAAAGUACAUCAAUGGAAAGCUACUGAUAUCAUAACACAUAAAAUGCUGCACAUGUUUUCUUCCUUUAUUUAUUCCCUGUAGUUUUCUUCUCUGUUUGUUCAGGGUGAAGUUUUGGUGCUGAUCAUGCUGAAAUCCAAACUUGCCUGGUAUUCUCACACCUUUUAUUAUUGUCACACCGACCCUAUCACGAGCCUCCUGCAGCCAAAUACGAUGUAACCAUGGAGCUGGUUGAGCGUACUGUACAAUCAGAGGGCCUGGUUCUGAUGUUUGGACCUUCUUGCACACUGUGCCUGCUUUGUUAGGGAGCCAACACACUGCUGCUGUUUGGUAGGCUGCAAGGAACCAGGAUACUCUCUCCUCUGCUCUUUGUUUGGGAGUUGUUGAACCCCCUAUUUUUCUUUCUCACUGCAACACCCAGUCUUUAUCACAAAUGACCUUUCAUUCACAGUUCUGUGUUUAACACCUGCUUUGGCUCAGUUUUCAAUGUGCAUAAUUACAAAUAUGUUAUAAUGAUUUUUGCGUCAAAGUUGACAUGGAAUACAUUACGGACAAUUAAGUUUUACAGCAUCAUCAUAUAAAUAUAUUUUUCUAAUUAAAAAAAAAAUUGAUUAAACUAAGAUGCUGUAAUUUAAGUCUAGAGUCUGACACUACAGUGAGUCACAUAUUCAAACACCUUUUUAUGUUGAAAAGUAAAAUAUAUCAAGUCAGUAAAGACUAAAGAAAUUCUUUGUCAACAGUCUUAUGAUGUGGAUUAGUUAAUUUAAUCAACAUCUGUAGAAUUGAGUUUUCUAUAGAUAAUCACGCAAAAGCAACCCUUUAAAUGUAGUGUUUACCACAGGAGUCAUUCAGUCUUUGAAAAGCUUUUAUAAAAAUGACUAAACGACAUAUUAAAAAGUGUAAUUGAGAGGAGACGACUACACUUUGUUCAUUGAGCCAAAGCAAUCAGACAAUAUUGUUCAUGGAAACAAUCGUCUAGUUUGUUUUGAUCAUAUCUAUUCCACUGCUGAUGGCGAGUCCAGUGUGCUGUUUAGAGAUGGGAAAUGGGUUGGGGUUUUUUUUUUAUUUCCUUAUUCCUAAGCAUAGAGAUGAUUUUUUUCCAGUUAAGACCUGAGUCGUUGGGUCUGUGUGCCUUUUUUGUUCGAGUCGUAUUUGUUUAUUUGUUAGUAUUUAUUAGUGUCAUUAAUUUUGAAACAUGCUAAACACACCACUGUGGCUGCUGCCGUACACUGAGAUGCACAUUCGUUUUAUUUAUCCUCAAACCUGAGAUUUAUUAUAUUUUACCUUAUCCCCGGAGAAAAACUGCUAUGACACGAAGUCAAAUUAUUUCAGAGUUUCCCCUUGAUUUAACAAAUCCUUUGAUCUCAACGUUGUUCAAAUGUAGUUGGCCUUUGACUUUUCUUGAAAAGCCAAGUAGCACUCUGAGACCUGGGAUGUCACUUUAAACUUCUAUCUUAAAACUUUAUUACCCAACUGUAAUGUUUACACGAGAACUAGACACUGCCUGUUGUGUUGAGAUAUGAUCUGGUGCUCUUGGGACUGAAAUGAAAAUGGAGUGUUUUUAAUCAUACUUUCACGGCAGGACACGCUUAUGUAAAGAUAUCCUGAUUUUGUUGAAAACCGAGUGUGAUAUGCAAUCAAAAAUGCAUAACUUAUAAUAGAGAGUUUGAGUUUUAAGCUUGUUUGAGGUCUAGAGUGCUCUAUGACGUAACACAAACCCCUAAAAUAUCACCUUUUCCUCUCUAAACUGUGAAGGUGCUGACAGAGACAUUUCAUUAUGUGAGGAGAGCUGGUGUCACCCAGAACAUUUCAACAUUGUUUCCCGAGGAAUGGUUUAAUCAACAUUUAUUUUAGGUUGCAUUGUUGCACCAGGAUACACAUUGGAAGAGACUGGGGUCUUUUUAAUUUGCACACGCAUGCUGUUGAUGUGUUGCACUAAUCCAGUGCAAGAUGUGGAGGACUGAUGAGGGUGGCUUUUAUUAUUAUGAUGAUAUUUUCCUUUUACAUUUUCUUGAUUAAGAAUUGGAUUUAUGGGGUCAAGGGAAUGGUCCUGUGCCAGUUUGUACUCCAUAAAUAAUGUUUUAUAUUUGAAAGAUUCCUCAACCAACCACUACAGAGUUUGAAAAAAAGAAAUUGCACUUCA